AUCCAUAUGGAGGAUGAAUCUCCUUCUUCUCAAGGAGUCAGUGUCAAGGUCUUGGAGGCAACAUUAUUGUCAGCCCUGAAGAUGCUGGAUGUUGGGAAAUGGCCAAUUUUUUCUCUCUGUUCCCAAGAAGAGCUCAAGUUAAUUCGUCAAGCCUGUGUAUUUGGCAGUGCUGGUAAUGAAGUGUUGUAUGCAACUGAAAAUGACGAGGUUUUUGUGCUUGGCAUGAACUGCAGUGGGUGUUUGGGAACGGGUGACAUGCAGAGCACUAUUGAACCAAGGAGGUUAGAUUCUCUAUGCGGCAAAAAGAUAGCCUGUCUGAGUUAUGGAAGUGGCCCUCAUGUUGUUCUUGCUACAGAAGAAGGAGAAGUGUAUACAUGGGGUCAUAAUGCUUAUAGUCAGUUGGGCAAUGGUACAACAAAUCAUGGUUUCGUUCCCUGUCAAGUCUCUACUAACUUGGUGAACAAGAAAGUCAUUGAAGUUGCCUGUGGCUCUCAUCAUUCUAUGGUGUUAACAUCUGAUGGAGAGGUAUACACAUGGGGUUAUAAUAACUCAGGCCAAGUUGGAUCUGGUUCAACAGCUAAUCAACCAAUUCCUCGAAGAGUUACCAGCUGCCUACAAAAUAAAAUAGUGGUUAAUAUAGCUUGUGGACAGAUGUGCUCUAUGGCUGUGGUUGAAAAUGGAGAGGUCUAUGUCUGGGGCUACAAUGGUAAUGGCCAGCUUGGACUGGGCAGCGGCGGCAAUCAGCCAACACCAUGCCGAAUAGCAGCUUUGCAAGGCAUUCGUGUGCAGCGGGUUGCCUGUGGCUACGCACAUACAUUAGUGCUAACAGAUGAAGGUCAGAUUUAUGCCUGGGGAGCCAAUUCAUAUGGCCAGUUGGGUACUGGGAAUAAAAGUAACCAGUCUUACCCUACAACAGUUAUUGUGGAUAAGGACAGAGUUAUAGAGAUUGCAGCCUGCCACUCUGCUCACACGUCGGCUGCCAAGACCCAGAGUGGCCAGGUGUAUAUGUGGGGCCAAUGCCGUGGGCAGUCAGUGAUCCUUCCCCACCUCACUCACUUUGCCUGCACUGAUGAUGUGUUUGCUUGCUUUGCUACCCCUGCUGUUACGUGGCGUCUUCUAUCAGUAG